GAGAGCGGCCGGGCAGGAGGGGCCGCCGGGACAGAUGCGCCCGGGAGAGAGCCCGGAAGCAGGGCCUGGAGGGGAGGAGGGGAGGAGGGGAGGGAGGGGCGGCCGGGCAGGAGGGGCCGCAGGGACAGAUGCUCGGAGCCGGGAGAGGGCGGACGCGGCGGGAGAAGCCGCAGGUGCAGGCAGGGCGAGGGGGAAGCCGGGCCCAGCGGGCAUCCUCCUCGCCCAAGUCCCGAAUCCAUGGCCAGCACAUCAGCCCAGCCCCCCACCCCCUCCUCCAGCCUCCAAGUCCCCAGACUUUAGCGAGUCAUGGCCUUCCACAAGCCUCUCAUCCCCCUCUCAACACUCUGCAGAGCAGACAGAGAAAUCAGGGGACUCUGUGCUCGCCAAGUACAUGGCCCGGUUUCGGCAGGCCCAGCCCACCAGCCGCCAGGAGCGGCAGUCAGCGGGCCCCGGCGCCGCCAGCUUCUGGUGGCUGCAGCCCCCCGACCCCUCGGCAGAUGAGGACGACGGAGGCGGCGGCCUCAGCCCGGGCCGGACCUCACCCCCGGGGAGGGGAUCCUCCUGGACGGAAACGUGCGCAUCAGGGCCUCGCCAGGGCCCCAUUUCUCCACUGGAAGCCUCCGACACCCCAACGUUGGACCUCGAGACCCUGAGUCUCCAGGACAGGGCGGCCCAGCUUCUCCUCCGGAGUGAGAUUUCUUCUAGCAACAAUGGCAGCCAUGAUGAAGACACCUCCAUUCCAGUCAGCUCUGAGGGCCUCCCCUCCUCCCCGCCACCUUUCACCUCUGACCCUGGACCAGGCCCCCACCUCAGGAAACCAUCCUCAUUGACACGGACCCGAAUCUCUCUGCCAUCUGUGAGCCACCCUAAGGAUGACAUCCUCUUCCAGUGGCGUCUCCGGAGGAAGAUGGAAGUGGCCCGGGAGGAGUGCGCACAUGGGCUCCAGGCACAGUCCUGGCUCCCCAGCAGGGCCCUGGUCACCCAGACUAGGAGCCACGAUCCACCUAAGACUCGCCAGAUGUAUGUCCCAGGACCUGUUGUUGCCAACCAGCUGACCUCUCUGGCCCCUCUCAGCAACUCCCAACAGAGCCCCCCAGUCCCCCUCUGUGACCCUCAGCAGAGCCUCCCUGUCCCCCUCUGUGACCCUCAGCAGAGCCCCCCUGUCCUCCUCUGUGGGUCCCAGCAAAGCCCCCCUGUCCCUCUCUAUGGGUCCCAGCAGAAUCCCCCAGUCCCCUUCUGUGUAUCCAACCAGAGCCCCCCUGUCUCUCUCUGUCAGUCCCAGCAAAGCCCCCCAGUCCCUCUCUGUGGGUCCCAGCAAAGCCCCCGUGUUUCUCUCUGUGGGUCCCAGCAGAGCCCAGUCCCCCUCUCUGGGUCCCAGCAGAGCCCAGUCCUUCUCUUUGGGCCCCAUCAGAGCCCCUCAGUCCCCCUCUCUGGGUCCCAGCCGAGCCCCUCAGUCUCCCUCUCUGGCUCCCAGGAGAGCCCCUCAGUCCCUCUCUGUAGGUCCCAGCAAAGCCCCCCUGUCUCUCUCUGUGGGUCCCGGCAGAGCCCCCCAGUCCCCCGCUGUGGGUCCCAGCAGAGUCUCCUGGUCCCCUUCUGUGUAUCCAACCAGAGCACCCCUGUCUCUCACUGUGUGUCCCAGCAGAGCCCCCCAUUCCCCCCCUGUGGGUCCCAGCAGAGCCUUCCUGUUGUCUGUCCACAUGAGUUAAACCCCUCGGUUUCUCUUAAUCCCCAGCCAAACUCACCAAUCCCCCUUCAUCUUCCUCCAGCCUCCCCGAUUCCUCCCCACCUGAGCUCUGUGCUGCCUCUUUGUACCCCUCAGCCAAGCCCCCAGCCCUCAGGGCCAGAUCCCCUCUCCCUCUGUCGGAGCCCUUUCUUUCUCCACUCCACGCCAGAAACGGGUUGCACAAGAUGCCGGUCUGGGGCCAUUCUCCCAAGUUCUAGGGGCCCCUCUGAGGCUAAGAGGCGUGACCACAAGCCCAGAAAGGCUCGGGGUCCCAGGCCUGAGCCAAAGCCUGGGCCACUACUGAGGGGGGCCCUCAAGCAGGUGGUGGCUGCUCGCCUCUUCUCGAGACCCUCAGAAGACUCCCCCUCCCCCUGUGAUGGGCCCCCCUCUCCUGCUGAGACCUCGCCCCCCAGGGAGCUGCUGGCUCUGGCUUCCGGGUUGCUGGAAGCUGCUGAAGACUCAGAUGGGACAGAAUUUGAAGAGGAUGCCCUGCUGCGGGUGCUCCGGGCCAGGCGUUCAGAGCUCCGGUCGUGCUUGAGGGAGGUUGACAAGCGCUUGUCCAAGGUCAUGGACCCGGAGAACCUGGGGCCCGGCUCCCCCACAGAGACCUCCAGCAGACGCAGGAUUAAGGAAUAAAUGCUCUAUGAAUUGUG